CUUGUUAUUCGCAACUUACGGAGAUAUGGGCCUCUAGACCCUCUUCCAGUGUAAUUCACUAAUUCUGUCCCUAUCCAAACAGAGCCUGAAAUAGUAAAAUCUUCGAAGUUGCACCACCGUUAGAGCAACCGCACCACGGCCUUGCCAGCGACCAAGCUUCUCGACUCAGCCACACCGGAUGGCAUUGCAAGAAAAACUAGACAAAUUCAAGAAACAGCAAGAGAAGUGCCAAGCAACUCUUACUAGCAUAGCUGCCAAAGCAGGACCUCCGAAGGCACCUACACCCCAGAAACCCACACCUGUAACUGCAUCGGCUCUACCCAAUUCUAAAGCCCCUCCGCCUUCUGUCAAAUUUUCAAAUGAUACAGAAAGACUGCAACACAUCAAUAGCAUUCGAAAAGGUCCUGUUGGUGCUCAGAUCAAGCGUGUCAUCGACUUGCUGUUUGAGACAAGGCAAGCUCUAACACCAGAGCAGAUAAAUGAAGCUUGCUAUGUCGAUUUGAAUGCCAACAAAGCUGUCUUUGACAGUUUGAGGAAUAACCCAAAAGUGAAUCAUGAUGGAAGCCGCUUCUCUUACAAGUCCAAGCAUGAUCUGAAGGACAAGAAUCAACUUCUUGUCUUAGUACGCAAGUUUCCUGAGGGCGUCCGUGUCAUGGAUCUCAAGGAUGCAUACCCAACAGUGAUGGAUGAUUUACAGGCUCUGAAAGCUGCUGGUCAGGUUUGGCUGCUGUCAAACUUUGAUUCUCAAGAGGACAUUGCUUACCCAAGUGAUCCCAGGGUGCCUAUUAAGGUGGAUGACGACCUUAAACAGCUCUUUCGUGGAAUUGAAUUACCGCGAGACAUGAUUGACAUUGAAAAGGAUCUCCUCAAGAAUGGGAUGAAACCUGCUACCAACACUGCAAAGAGGAAAGCAGCAGCCCAGAUUCAGGGCUAUUCAUCCAAGUCAAAGCCUAAGAAGAAGAAGCAUGAGAUCAGCAAGAGGACUAAGCUGACCAAUGCACAUCUUCCUGAGCUUUUUCAACAUCUAAAUAGUUCCUAAAGCUGUCAUAGACGCUCCCUACUCUUAGACUAGUUGUGCAUGAAUCUUCUUAGGCUUACAUAAGCAGUGCGCUUAGGAACCCCCUUAAAGUGUGGUUCAUAGGGUAUUUAGCUUAGAACUGUGUAGAGUGUAGUGGCUCAUCUGUAUCAUUAUUUUGUUUACUCUUCAAGAUUGCGUACUGGUGGUGUUCCCUGUAUAUUUGUAUGGUCAGAGCACAAUGUUGAAUUAAAUGAAUGAAAGGUUAGUUACAUGA